UGCUAAAAGCCAGACACAUUCAUUCGGGUUGUGGCAAGGGCCCUGCUCGCUUGCUUCCCAGUCGCUUCCAGUUUCCUGUUUCCAGUUUCCAGUUUUCCCGCCUCUUCCAGUCGUGGCGCUACUAUAAACCACUCGUUCAUUUCUCAUAUGAUGUUUUUUAGUCGUUUCUUAUUCCAGUGAUGGAGAAUUGAUAAUGGGCUGAUUUAGUUUGCGGCAAAGUGAUCGAAAGGAAAUUUUUUUACUUAAAUAUUCAUUGAGUGACAUAGAAUCAGUGUUGAGUUUUUUAAUUGGUUCGCAAUCAUGGCGCCGCCAAAAACCCUUCGGCAGAAGCUGUCGGCCUUUUUCACGUCUAUAUCAGUGGAGCCGGUGAUGUUGUUAGAUGGCCUGGCCUUCUCGAAUAUGGUGGUGUUGGUCGAAAACCUCCAGAUGGACAAAGUCUGUCACGUUAAUCUCAAUUACUCGAAAGAAAUCUGCGGCAACCUCUCCUCGCACAAAGACGUCAAAGAGGAAAUGGCCACAGAAUUCAGUGAGUUCGCGAUGUACAACGGCAUCAUCACCGCGGUUAUCCCUCUCUUUUUCAUCCUCUUCAUGGGCGCCUGGAGUGACAAAUACGGCAGGAAGGUGCCCCUCGUGGCGUCCACGAUCGGCCACCUCCUCUACUCUCUCGGGUACCUGGUGAGUUCGACCGUCGAUUCGUGGCCCGUCGAAUACCUGCUCAUCGUGGCUCUGCUCGAUUCCCUCGGGGGUGGCGCCGUCAGCUUCCUGACGGCGGCUAACUCUUACAUCAGCGACGUGACCUCUGAGGAGACCAGGACGUCCCGCCUGGGGCUCGCCAACAGCAUCUGGUUCCUCGGCGGGCCGAUGGGCACGUUGCUUGGCACCUUCAUCUACAAAGCCGGGGGAUACGUGGCGCUCUUCGGCACGUCCCUGGGCAUGUACGUGGUGGCCCUCGUCUACAUCAUCGUCUUCGUGCCGGAGAGCCACGGGCCCUUCGCCAACGUCACCAAGCUGGAGAAGAUCCUGCCCCCGAAGCAGUCGCUGCGGCUUCGGGAGAGCGUGGCCUGGGUCUACGGCAUCGACAAGAAGGAGCUCAAGAAGGAGCUCACCAACACGAAGAGCAUGGUGCAGCGGAAGAAGAGCAUCACCGUCGGCCAGAUGCUCAAGGACUUCUUCAACCCGCAGAGGUUCGUCGACAGCUUCAGGUGCACCCUCAAGAAGAGGGAGGGGCACGUCCGGGUGUAUAUAUUGCUCCUAAUUCUGUGCAACAUUCUCAGGAAACUUGGCAGAGGUGCCUACAUGUACCUGUUCGCUCGACAGGUAUUGCACUGGGAGGCCUCAGACUACGGGUACUGGGUGACCUACAAGAACUUCCUCGCUACCUCAGGUUCCUUAGUAGCAGUACCGCUACUGAGCGGUACCCUGAAGAUGACAGACAACAUGCUGGCGAUGGUAGGGGCGUUCUCCUCCGUCUUUGACUACGUUCUCUACGGCAUGGUGCGAGAAGAGACCUAUUUCUUCAUGUGGUUAGCUCCGGUCUCCGCCCUGCUGGUCAACUCGUGCGCAAUCGCCAUCCGGGCCAUGUUGUCCAAAUACGUCCCGUCCGAUGAGCUGGGUAAAGUCUCUGCCAUGCUCGGUGCUCUCGACGGGGUGGUACCCAUGUUGAGCUUUACCCUGUACACGGCUGUGUACAGGGCGACGGUGUCCUUCUACCCUGGUGCCCAGUUCUUCUUUGGGGCCUCAGCCAACUUCUUGAUGGUGAUCAUCUUCAUCCUUGUGAUGGUCAUGGACAAAACAGGGGACUACAACGUGCAGUCUGCGGCGCCGGAAGCCCCUAAGGGCCCCGUGAAGGAGAAGAGCCUCGUGAUCCGCAAAGACUCCCGCUGGCUCUACGACGAGGAGAACAAGGGCAAGGUCCGCCUAGCCACCAUCUUGCUGUCGGCCCUCAACUUCAGCAUCGAAGUGAACAACAUUGAGUCCAGCUUCGGCAAGCCCCUAGAGACUAUAGAUGAAGAACCCGAGCGGGAAGCAGCCGCCGAAGUCGAGGACAAAGAAGAGGCUAGACCGAAGGAACAGCAGCAGCUGAACGGACGAACGCAGGAGAAACAGGUUGCGUCCGAAUCCUACGACAAUCCCGGGUUCGUCGAGGAGAAUCACAUAGCUUAAAGUCUCCUCUUUAUUGUACAUUUGCUAUGUACGAGUAUGUAUAUAGAUAUGUAAAAUCUCUAUUUGUACAUUUAUUUUUUCAAAGGAGUGUUUACUUGGCUGACGAAGCAUGCUGUAUGUAGCGAAGUUGACCGUACGAAAGUUCCUUAGGCCUAUGUUUCUUUUUUACUAUUUUCAGAGUAAGUCUUUUCUUUGUGUUACAUGAACCAAUGAAAUCCAAACAAUCACUGCACAUACAUACAUACUUAUAAGGGACCAUCGAACUUUGUAAGGUUCGUUUCGCGUCUGGCAAUACUGUCUCUUCACACAAAAUGUCACGCACACAAUGCCACAAUUUUAUCAGUCAUGAACACCACAGUAAUAUACCUCACAAGACCUUCAUUUCCCAGCAACUACCGGAUGCAGAACGUCAUCAAAGAAGACACUAAAAGUUUUUUUUUUUUUUUUCAUCUCCUGUGAUUUAUUUUACUUGCUGAUAUUUUCAUUGGUGCCAGUGGAUAGCCUCGAAGACUUACAAACGAGCAUCAACCAUGACAUUAAAAGUUAUCAAGAUCUUUCGCUGAGACAUUUUAGUCCGCGGAUCUUGAUCGUAAAGGUUUCUCACUUGUAUAUAGAAUAAUUUAGGCGUGCACAGUAAAUAUAAAUGUAUAUUAAUUUAGCGAAGGCGAGACUUUUAGAGAUUGCUUCUCAGUUCGGGAGAUAGGCUAAUAGUAAAUUCUUUGAUUUGGUAUGAGAGUGUACAGUUAUAAUGUCCGAGAAUUUUAUAAGUAUCAUUUGCUCAAUAGUAUCAUGCGUUUAUUUAUUUUUUUUGUUGCCAGGCAACAGUGCAAUACUUUCUGAUUCAGAAAGAAACGUGAUCACUUAGGCGUAGCGCUCUCUCUCUCUCUCUCUCUCUCUCUCUCUCUCUCUCUCUCUCUCUCUCUCUCUCUCUCUCUCUGUAGCAUAAGAUUCCCAGGGAGUUUUACAUCCCCCAAUUCCAAGAUAUUGUGGCUAAUAUCUUUUUUUAAGUUAACCGAUUGUGAAAAUCAUUUUUACUUUCUCGGUUUCUUUUCUUUUUUACGUAAAGAAUUGUGAUCUCCCUGACGGGAGGGCUUGUGCCUACUUCAUUUAUUCCUUUAGGUCAUACUUAUAUUAAACCCAUGAUUAUUUUUUUUACUUUUUAUUUGUUAGAUUCGGAAAUGUUACCUUCAAAGAAUGAAAAUUCCAAAAUUAGUAUCUUCGUAUUUUCCCAGUUUUUAUUUCUUCUCUCCGAAAUCUCAAUUCUAGUCCUAUGCAAACGUUCCUGAAAUUUAGCCUUGUGAAUAUCAAAAGGUAUUUGACAUUUAUGAAGUGUUGCCAAUUACAGUAUUUCUGGUAACCUCAGCUACUGCUUUUUCCAGUUAAAGCACAAUUCUAACUAGUUGCGAAUUCAUUAUCUCCUGAGCUGAUAGUCCAUUUCCUAAACGUCUUGGUGUUAAGUGACUGGAGACGGAUGGUCUCUCUACAAUCUUAAUAAGUGAUAGCUUUUGGAAGACUUCCAAGAUCAUCAUCGUACUAAGAAGCCACAUUUUAGCGGCCGCUGUCAACCAUUGCAUUCUGGAGGGUAGAAAGUUAACGUGUUUGUUUACGUGGUCGUGAAGUAGGCUGAUGCACAAGUCCAACUGUUUCUUGUAAGGGAACGUAAGUUAUAUGUUUCUCGAUUGUUUUCCGAAUAAUGGGGCGUAAGUUUUCAGCGGAAAUUUCACACACUAUAUGCAAGAAAUGUACAGACCUUUACGUAGGUUGUGGAUUAACGAACAACUGUCAGUCACCAUGGUUUGGGAUGGUAUGAGAAAUUGCAUAAGUCCCUCAACUUAAUGGGGAAAACGCAAAAGUUCCAGUUGUUCAAAGAAAAUGCAAAGUUCCAAUACUUUCCUGAAUGGCACUGAAGAUCCAGUGUUUUGUGAAUGGUUGACAUGCGCGUCUGGAACUGGCUUCUUGACGGUGAUGUUGCAAUAACGAGUUUCCUAAUUGUAAAAAUGUAAUGCAGUAUUUUAUAAGCGAUUUAUGGUGUUCAGGGAAAUGCAGAAACAGUGUCUUUUUAUGAAGUAAUGGCAGGGUUUAUUAUAAUUACAAAAGUAGUUAUUCCAAGCAGAUAGAUAUCAACACAUACAGACAAGCUUAGUUUUUUAAUAGUUACUUGAAAUCAAUAUGCACCAAAAAAAAUUGUUCUAAAUAUUCUGUCUGUUCACUCUUAAGAAUUUUCCUUUUUUCAAAAAUCUAAAAGCUACAGAACUAGUAUGUUUUACAUUUUAGGUAGGACGCUAUGUUCUGUGCCUUAAGGGUUGGUUGUUCUCAUAGUACGUAAUGAUGUGAUAACUUUCCACAUUAAUGAGCUUUUCAACGGAUUAAUGACGGAAUAUGUUUAGACAUUGAUUUAUAUCAAGCUUGUUGGAAUUCCUGACUUGUUAAAUUCCUCAAAGCAAGACCAAAAUGUUGCAUUUUACCUUUUUAAUAAGUUAUUUACUUCCUAUUAUGAGUGUAUAGAGAAGUUUGUAUUUAAGUCAUAGCUCUUAGCAACAUGUAUAAGUGUUAAGUGAGCGGAUGUGCCUGUUUGUACUUAAGUGAUAUUAGAUGUAUAAGGAGAUGGCGGCCAUGUCACCACUCCCUUGAAAAUAGAUAUUUUUCAUUGUCGACUAAUAUGUAAAUGGACCACAAUUGUAUAUCUUUAAAUAAAAAGGUCAAGAAUU